CUUACUAAAUGUCUAUUUAAUUUUUUCCAGUAGCGAAAACGGGCUUCCAUGGUUUACAUCUUGGCAAGAGAACCAUGCUGAAAUUUUGAAAAAUCGCUGGAAUUCCCCUUUCCGUUUAUAAUAAAAACGCCAUCAAUAGCCCAACCCUGACAGCAGGUGGCACUAAUGUGAAGGACAUGGCCAAAGCCAAAAUAUUCCACAAGGAUUUUCCCUCUGCGGAGCCUGAAAACAGCGCUUGUAAUGUGCCGGGGUUUCUCGGGUUAGUCAGGCCUACCGAAGGACAGAGUCAGUGAAGAGCUGUUAUUCAUACAUUCGGAUGCAAAAUGUCAGCUGCCAGGUCAGUCCUGUCGCUCCCCAAGAUACUGCAGCCAUGGACCGGACUAAAGGGCAGCACGGUCAGUGUGAUGAGACCAGUCAUAUGCACUAGGAGAGAGAAGUCCUCAUACACUCCUCCUCCUGCUAAGUACGGAGGCCGGCACACGGUGACCCUGAUUCCUGGAGAUGGGAUUGGACCUGAACUCCUGAAUCAUGCCCGAGAGCUCUUCAGGUUUUGCUGCGUCCCUGUGGAUUUUGAGGUGGUGACCGUGGAUUCAUCGGUUAUUUCUGAGGAGGAGAUUAAUAACGCUGUCACGGCUAUCAGACGCAAUGGAGUUGCGCUGAAGGGAAACAUUGAGACCAAUCACAACCUUCCUCCCUCUCAUAAAUCCAGGAACAACUUGCUACGCACGUCUCUGGACCUGUAUGCUAAUGUAAUGCACUGUCAGACUUUGCCUGGAGUCCAGACCCGCCACAAAGACAUAGACAUCAUCAUCAUCAGAGAGAAUACUGAAGGAGAGUACAGCAGCUUGGAGCAUGAGAAUGUCCCAGGAGUGGUGGAGAGUCUGAAGAUCAUCACUCGGGUGAACUCAUUGCGGAUUGCUGAGUACGCCUUCAAACUAGCCAGAGAGAAAGGUCGCCGCAGGGUCACGGCCGUACAUAAGGCCAACAUCAUGAAGCUGGGUGAUGGCCUCUUCCUCCAGUGCUGUAAGGAGGUGGCAGCGGGAUAUCCUGAUAUUACUUUUGACAACAUGAUUGUGGACAACACCACCAUGCAGCUGGUCUCCAAGCCCCAACAGUUUGAUGUGAUGGUGAUGCCGAACCUGUACGGUAACGUGGUGAGCAACGUGUGUGCCGGACUCGUUGGUGGUCCUGGCCUGGUGCCGGGGGCCAACUAUGGCAAGGACUACGCUGUCUUUGAGACGGCCACGAGGAACACUGGGAAAAGCAUUGCUAACAAGAACAUUGCAAACCCCACUGCUACCCUGCUGGCAAGCUGCCUGAUGCUGGAUCAUUUAGGGCUUCAUGACUACGCCAGCAUGAUUCGAAAAGCCAUCCUCAAAACGCUUUCAGAGACUCGGUUGCACACAGCUGACCUCGGGGGUCAGGGCACAACUUCUGAGGUGGUGCAGUCAAUCAUGCUGGAGGUUCAGAAAGGCGGACCCCUCACUUCUGAAAAGAUCUGAACACACACUUCACCUCAAGCCCAGGUAGAAGUCUUCAAUCAAUAGAUUUUUUUUAAUUGCAUUUGUUUUGUGUGUGUGUGUAAAUGAGUGUGUACUCACAGCCUUACAACUGUAAAGGUAUGAGAUCAUAUUUUUUAUUUAAAUUGAUUUCAUAUGAUAUAUAUACACCAGGAUUACACUUUGAAAACUGUAAACAGUGACUACAAAUUAGCACUGAAGUAUACAUUUGUAUUGAGAAAUUGGUUUUAAAACAGCUUACAUGUGCAGGUAUCAAGCUCAGAUACAGUGGUGCUGUUGGUAAAGAUGAGCAAAAACGGCUGUGAAAAAAUCAGCUGAAAAUAUGGGAAAAAUCAGAUGUUUUAGAAAGGCAAAAUUAUAGCCAUCUGUGGCCAGGAGUCCAAGCGCAUUGAGUUGUCCAGUGACGUUGCAUUAGCAGCAGUUCAGAAAGAUGCUGUGGCUGACUUACGUUGUCGGGGAGACCUAUCUAUCAGGUGGGAACUCGCCGUGAGUACAUUGAGUAAAAACUGGGUAUAAAUGCAAAUAUUUAAAAAAAAAAAAAACAGAACAAAAAAAACUUUUUUGCUCAUCUUUACAAAGGGCCAAUAAUUCUGCCCCAAUGUAGCAGUUGAUAAAUAUCACAGCCAUUUUAAGACUAAUAGACAAGUUACAAACCCAGUUGGAAGAAUAUCAAUCACAGAAGGUGAACACAACACUCAGUACAGACUUUCUCAGGCAUGGAAUACGACAACCGACCUCCUCCAGCAUUCUUGCACCUUUGCGAGGAUAAAGAACAGAUCCAUGGACAUAUUUAUCUGUGCUCUAUAUUCAAAUGUUACUGUAGUUUAAACAAGCUGUUACAUACUAUGCUAGUUUUGUUCGGUUUUGUUAUUAACUUACUGAUCAUCGUUUAGUUUGAUUGAUACCUGCUGAUCAUCCGAGCCAAAAUAAUUGAAGAAAUGUUAGGAAAUGUGAUUAUUUUAUUUAUUAUAAACAUGCAGGGAUAUCA